UUGUGGUCGUCGACGAUGCUGCUAACGGCUAACGGUCUUGCCAAAGAUCAAUGGAGCAUCAGUGCGAAAAUGGUUGACCCGCUGCCGACACGAGUUUUUCUGAUCACACUGCUGAUGGCUGUCAGCUCCUGCCGUGGCACGCAGGCAGCCACAGAUGAGGCGGAUACCAAGUGGAUGGCGCCGCUCAAGCAGUACGGAUGGAGUGCCAGUCAGCUGAAGAAUAAAGUGGAGCAUGGCGACUUUACCACCUUUGAGCUGGGCACACCCAACUAUCAGAUACUCAAUCCGGAGGAUGAGCCCGAGUACAUUACGGCGGAUCAGCCACACUACCAGGAGAUGCUGCGACGACUGACCAGCGCCCAGAGCGGUACGGAUACCAUUGAUGUGGCCAUGGCUGGCAGCUCUCGUAUACCCCAACCCACGCCUGCAAAUACCCAACCCCAAGCCAGAUUCAGGGACCCUGUGAAUGUGCCGCCGGCGCGUAAGCUUCAGCCCUUAAUCAGAAUCAGUCACUGGGAAAAGUUGAAGAAGCGCAGCUUCUACGAUGCCGAGGAAGACAAGGGUGCUGUGGAGGCCAAGCCAUUGGAUGAGCAGAGCUUGCAUCCCAAAAUACAAGUCUAUGCCGGCGCCAGACCCUUCCAAAGUCGUGUGACCAAUCUGAGUUGAACUUAUCUGCCUCACUUUCCUCUUCUCUGCUUUAUUUAUUCUUUAUUUAUUCUUAAAUGUAAGUGUACAAAUUGAGGCAUGUUUAAAUGAAUAAAUUGCAGUUGGAAUUUA